GUUAGCAGGGGGGAGCCGCAAGGGCCGAAUCUUCUCAAAUCCGGACUUGUAACCGUGCCGUACGUUACACGACCGUUUGACGAGUGAAUUUUCUCAAAACAAAACGAAAACAAACCGAAAAUUAUCACUUUGAAAACGUUCCGUGCUUCUGUGUUUCAAGUGUUCGUACGAAACCGGAUUUUUAGUGAAUGGUGAAGGGAAGUGCGAUAUUCAGUGUGACCCAUGAGGGUAGUUAAACUAAAAUGUGGUUUAAGGACUAUAAGAACAAGGAUUACAACACACUUGGGAUUAUAGCAUAUUCGUUGAUUCUUCUCUUCUGCUUGCUGCCAAGAGAAGCAACAGCUUUCGUGUCAUGUUCGCCAAGCCCCUGUAAGAACGGCGGUACAUGUCUGUCUCCACUGAAGGGUGAUUCUUUUUGCAACUGCACAUCGAAGUUCGUCGGAGAGUUCUGCCAAUACCUGAACCCUUGCCACACAGGACCGGGACCCCGCUGUCAGAAUGGCGGUUCGUGCGAGGUGCAGGUCACAUACGACGGUUCGCCGUCCUUCAAAUGUAACUGCCCUUUCGGUUUUAGCGCGUCACUUUGCGAAAUUCCGAUCCCGAACAGCUGCGAUCAACGGCCAUGUUUGAACGGCGGGGUCUGCUCCUUGCUCUCCUUGGAGGAGUACCAGUGCUCCUGCUCCCCAGGUUACACCGGGAAACAUUGCGAGAAACAGGACCAUUGCGCAUCGCAACCGUGUCGCAACGGCGCAGAAUGUUCGUCUGUCGGCGACUCGUACACGUGCGUCUGCGCACCCGGAUUCAAAGGACCUUCUUGCAAAGAGGACGAAGACGAAUGCAAGAGGCGACCCUGCGUACAUGGUAUUUGCCAUAACACCCACGGCAGCUACACGUGCACAUGCGAGGAAGGAUACACCGGUCAGAACUGCGAGAGCGAGUACAUCCCCUGCGACCCUAGUCCGUGCCUGAAUGGCGGCCAAUGUCAUCAGAGGGACAAACACACUUACACCUGCGACUGCCCGACAGGAUUCCGUGGUUCGGACUGCGAGGAGAACAUCGACGACUGUCCCGGCCACAAAUGCAUGAACGGAGGAAAGUGCAUAGACGGCAUAGAGGGCUACACGUGUCAAUGUCCGUCCACGUACACUGGUCGUUAUUGCGAACAAGACGUCGACGAAUGCUCCCUGAGACCGUCCGUUUGCCAAAACGGGGCUACCUGCACCAACAGCCACGGAGGGUAUUCCUGUAUUUGCGUGAACGGCUGGACCGGACCGGACUGUUCGGAAAACAUAGACGACUGCGCGGGCGCAGCCUGUUUCAACGGAGCAACAUGCAUAGACAGGGUUGGAAGCUUCUACUGCCAGUGUACACCCGGAAAAACAGGACUCUUGUGUCAUUUGGAUGAUGCGUGUACGAGCAAUCCCUGUCAUGCAGAUGCAAUUUGCGAUACUAGUCCCAUAAAUGGUUCCUACACCUGCAGCUGCGCGUCAGGAUACAAAGGAUUGGACUGCUCGGAGGACAUCAACGAAUGCGAACAAGGUUCGCCUUGUGAACACGACGGCAUCUGCGUGAACACCCCUGGAAGCUUCGCCUGCAACUGCACCCAAGGAUUUACCGGACCCCGAUGCGAGACCAACGUCAACGAGUGUGAGUCUCAUCCCUGUCAUAACGACGGGUCGUGUCUGGACGAUCCAGGGACUUUCAGAUGUGUCUGCAUGCCAGGUUUCACUGGAACGCAGUGCGAGAUCGACAUCAACGAGUGCAAGGACGAUCCUUGUCUGAACGGAGGCAUCUGCCACGACCUGAUCAGUUCCUUCAAGUGCGCGUGCGCGAUAGGCUUCACCGGAUCCAGGUGCCAGAUCAACAUCGACGACUGCCUCUCCAGUCCCUGCCAAAAUGGCGGCAUAUGCCACGACUCCAUAGCCGGCUACACUUGCGAGUGUCCCGAAGGAUUCACAGGUGCUUCCUGUGAAACUAACAUCAAUGAUUGUCAAUCUUCCCCGUGCAUUCACGGCGAAUGCAUCGAUGGGAAAAACGUCUUCACCUGUACUUGUCAUCCAGGUUACACGGGUCACCUGUGCCAGCUCCAGAUCAACGAGUGCGAGUCCAACCCCUGCCAGUACGACGGCGUCUGUCAGGACCUGGUCGACGGCUAUCAGUGCCUCUGCAAGGCCGGCACCUCCGGGCCGAACUGCGAGACCAACGUCAACGAGUGCUACAGCAACCCCUGCAGGAAUAACGCCAGAUGUAUCGACGGGAUCAACAGAACUUCACCAUUUAAUUAUUAUUAUGAUGCCUACACGUGCGAAUGCCUGCCCGGCUACAACGGCAGACACUGCGAGAACGACAUCGACGAAUGCGCGUCCAACCCUUGCGCGAACGGCGGCAUGUGCAUAGACCUGGUGAACGGGUUCCGGUGCGAGUGCCCCAGGGGUUACUACGACGCGAGGUGCCUGAGCGACGUGGACGAGUGCAAGUCGAACCCCUGCAAACACGGAGGUAGCUGCGAGGACGGCGUCAACCAGUUCAUCUGCCACUGCUUGCUCGGCUACGGCGGCAAGCAGUGCGAGAUCAACAUCGACGAGUGCGCAUCCAAUCCCUGCCAGCACGGGGGUAUAUGUCACGACCACCUGGCCUCCUACACUUGCGAAUGCCCGGCAGGCUACACCGGCAUAAACUGCGAGACCAACGUCGACGACUGCGCUUUGAACCCCUGCAAGAACGGCGGCUCCUGCAUCGACCUGGUCAACGAUUACAAGUGCGUCUGCAAGCUGCCCUUCACCGGUAGAAAAUGCGACGACAAGCUGGACCCCUGCUCGCCGAACCAGUGCAGGCACGGCGCCAAGUGCACGCCCAGCUUCAACUACAUGGACUUCGCGUGCUCCUGCAGCGUCGGCUACACCGGCAGACUCUGCGAACUGGACGUGGACGAGUGCAUGGUCUCCAAACCUUGCAGAAACGGCGCCACCUGCAAGAACACCAACGGAUCCUACCACUGCAUCUGCGCCAGAGGCUACGAGGGGAAGGAUUGUUCGGUUAACACCGACGAUUGCGCGUCAUAUCCGUGCCAGAACGGAGGCACUUGCUUGGACGACAUCGGCGACUACUCUUGCCUCUGCAUGAACGGUUUCGAGGGCAAACAGUGCGAGGUAGACAUAGACGAGUGCGCCUCCCAUCCCUGUCAAAACGGCGCCACCUGCAACCAAUACGUCAACUCGUACACCUGCACCUGCCCCCUAGGUUUUUCCGGCAUCAACUGUCAGACCAACGACGAGGACUGCACCGUGAGUAGCUGCAUGCACGGCGGCACCUGCAUCGACGGCAUCAACUCCUACAGCUGCACCUGCAAACCGGGCUACACCGGGUCGAACUGUCAGAACAGGAUCAACCUGUGCGACAGUUCGCCCUGCAAGAGCGGCGCCACUUGUCAGGAUCACACCACCCACUACACCUGUCACUGUCCGUCCGGUUACACCGGCAAGGAUUGCGGGGAAUACGUGGAUUGGUGCGCGACCGAUCCCUGCGAGAACGGCGCCACCUGCAACCAGAUCAAGAACAACUAUCAGUGUUCCUGCGCGCCGGGAUGGACCGGCAAGGUGUGCGACGUCGAGAUGGUUAGUUGCAAGGACGCCAGUAUGAGGAAAGGUGUAUCGUUGAAGAGGUUAUGUAACAACGGGACUUGCGAAGAUAUUGGAAACUCCCACAGGUGUCACUGUUUGGAAGGAUACACCGGGUCUUACUGUCAGAAGGAGAUCAACGAGUGUGAGUCUGCGCCUUGUCAGAACGGCGCUACUUGUCGUGAUCUGGUCGGUUCGUACUCGUGCCAUUGCACCAAGGGUUUCCAAGGGCAGAACUGCGAGUUGAACAUCGACGAUUGCAUACCGAACCCUUGCCAGUUCGGCGGUACUUGCCACGAUUUGGUCAACAACUUCCUAUGCUCGUGUCCGCCAGGCACCCUUGGCUACCUCUGCGAGAUCAACCCCGACGACUGCAGCGCCGAUUCGUGCCACAACAACGGCACCUGCAUCGACAAGGUGGGCGGUUUCGAGUGUCAGUGCCCGGCCGGUUUCGUCGGUCCCAGAUGCGAGGGCGACAUCAACGAGUGCCUGUCCAACCCCUGCUCGAACGCCGGCACCCUCGACUGCGUCCAGCUGGUCAACGACUACCACUGCAACUGCAAGGCGGGCUACAUGGGGCGGCACUGCGAGCUCAAGGUCAACUUCUGCGCCAACUCGCCCUGUCAGAACGGCGGCAUAUGCACCGCGAUCCACGCGGGGCACAAGUGCACCUGCCGCGAGGGCUUCUACGGCAAGAACUGCGAGUUCAGCGGCUACGACUGCGACUCCAACCCCUGUCUGAACGGCGGCAAGUGCAACCUGGCCGACGGGGGCGGUUACUUCUGCAAGUGCCCGGCCGGCCUGGCGGGCACGCACUGCGAGAUCGACUCGUUGGACGAGUGCCUGAGCAACCCGUGCAAGCACCCCGACGCCACCUGUCAGGAUAAGCUGGGCGACUACGUGUGCUUCUGUCCGGCCACCAGGACGGGGAAGAGCUGCGAGAUCUACGACCCGGACGUGCCGGCCGGCUACGGGCAGCCGAUCAGGGGCAGACAGGACGUCAGCACGUUCUACAUGAAGGACCUGGAGCGGCAGCGGCAGGAGUGUCUGAACAACAAGUGUCCGCUCAAGAAGGGCAACCACAAGUGCGACGAGGAGUGCAACACGUACGCCUGCGAUUUCGACGGCAACGACUGCUCGUUGGGUAUAAACCCGUGGAUCAACUGCACGGCCCCGAUACGAUGCUGGGAGGUGUUCAUGGACGGCGUGUGCAACGAGGACUGCAACAACGCCGCCUGCCUGUUCGACGGCCGCGACUGCCAGAAGGAACUGCAACCGUGCAACCCGAUCUACGACGCCUACUGCCAGAAGAACUACGCGAACGGCUACUGCGACUUCGGUUGCGACAACGCCGAGUGCAACUGGGACGGUCUGGACUGCAGCCACAAGCCGCCCGAGAUAGCCGAGGGCGUGAUAUCGAUGGUCAUCCUGAUGGACAUCCAGGGAUUCAAGGAUAAUUUGGUCGCGUUCCUCAGGGACACCAGCCACCAGCUGAGGACCACCGUCAGGGUGAAGAAGGACCAGUACGGCAACGAUAUGAUCUAUCCGUGGAAGGGCUCGGCGCCGGCGUCCUUAAACGACAAUUAUUACAAUAUGAAACACAGGGUGAUCUACACGGAACAGACGCAGACUGGAGUGGAGGUGUUCCUGGAGCUGGAUAAUAGGAAGUGCACGAUGAUCUCUGAGAAUUCCGACUACUGCUUCCAGACGGCGAGCGCAGCGGCCGAAUUCCUGGCGGCCAAAGCCUCCAAACACACCCUCUCGCAGUCGUUCCCCAUCUACCAGGUGAGCGGCACUAUGGACCCGUUGGACGCGCUCAACACCCCGACCAACGCCAAAUACGUCAUCCUCGGCAUAAUGAUCAUCUUGGUCAUAACGGCGGUCAUAUUCGGCGUCGUAACGACGCAGAGGAAACGGGCGUCUGGCAUCACGUGGUUCCCUGAGGGCUUCCUACGCACCAACUCGGGCACCAGGAGGAGAUCUAGAAGGCGCGGACCGGAGGGCCAGGAGCUGCGGAACAUGAGCAACAACAACGCCUCGAUGGUGGGCAUGGACAUGGGACCGCACGGCCACGCGCCCCAGUGGUCGGACGACGAGGCGGACAUGCCGCAGCCGAAGCGGUUCAGGGGCAUGGAGACGGGCUAUUCGAGCGAUCACACCGUGAUCACGGACUACGAGGAGGCCGAGCCGAGGGUGUGGACGCAGCAGCAUCUGGACGCGGCCGACAUAAGGGGUCCGCCGAUGCUGACGCCGCCCCAGGUGCACGACGUCAACGAUAUAAACGCGCGGGGACCGUGCGGCAUGACGCCGAUCAUGGUCGCGGCCAUUAGGGGCGGCGGGAUAGACACGGGUGAAGACGACGAAGAUGAUUCUGCCGGUGCCAUAAUACAAGACCUGGUGGCGCAGGGCGCCGAACUGAACGCCACCAUGGACAAGACUGGGGAGACGUCGCUCCAUCUGGCCGCGAGACACGCGAGGGCGGACGCCGCCAAGCGUCUGUUGGACGCGGGCGCGGACGCCAACGCGCAGGACAAUACGGGUAGGACGCCGCUGCACGCGGCCGUCGCCGCCGACGCGCUCGGCGUCUUCCAGAUACUGCUCAGGAACAGGGCGACCAACCUGAACGCCAAGAUGCACGAGGGCACGACGCCCCUCAUCCUUGCCGCCCGGCUGGCCAUCGAGGGCAUGGUCCAGGAUCUGAUCAGCGCGGAGGCCGAUCUGAACGCGGCCGACAACUCGGGCAAGACGGCGCUCCACUGGGCGGCAGCCGUCAACAACGUGGAGGCCGUCAAUAUCCUGCUGUCGCACGGCGCCAACAGGGACGCCCAAGACGACAAGGAUGAAACUCCUCUCUUCCUUGCCGCGCGCGAGGGUUCCUAUCAGGCGUGCAAGGCGCUGUUGGAGGCUUACGCGAACAGGGAGAUCACGGAUCACAUGGACCGAUUGCCGAGGGAUGUGGCCAGCGAGAGGUUACACCACGACAUCGUUCGGCUGUUGGACGAACACGUGCCGAGGGCGCCUCAACAGAUGGUCAAUGUGAUACCCAACAGUUCGAUGAUGACCUCUCCCACAGGUCAGAUGCUGCAGCAGCCGACCGUCAUCGUGCCGAAGAGACAGAAGUCGAAGAGGCCGAGCAAGAACAACAACAAUAACAAUAACAACAACAAUAACAGUGGUGCAAUAGGACCGACGAGUCCGGACGGCGACAUGAACGCCGGCAGCAUGAGGAGAAAGGCGACGGCGAAGAAGAACAACAAGAAGAACCAAAACCCGAACGAGAUGGCGCAGAGCGUCGAUUCGAUCGCGUCCACGCUCAGCCCCGUCCAGUCGCCGAUGACCAACAUACCCAGCCCGUACGAGGCGACGUCCAUCUACUCGAACAUGGGCCUCACGCAGGGCCUCGAAUCCCUGAUGAACUCUCAGAACAAGCAACCGCCCAGCUACGAGGACGUCAUCAAGAACAAUCCCAACCUACAGUUAUUGGGCAUGGACAACUACGGCACCUACCUGGCCGGUUUUCAGGAUCUGAUGAUGCAGCAGAGGCAAGGUCAGCCCAACACCCUGAGUCCCCCCUACUCGAACCAGUCGCCCCCGCACUCGGUGCAGUCGAACAUGUCGCUGUCGCCGCAGGGGUACAACGGUUCCCCCUCCCCGGCCAAAACGAGGCCGUCCCUGCCCACUAGCCCCACCCACAUAGCCGCCAUGAGGGCGGCGACGCAGCAGAAGCACGGCGGCGUGCCGCAGGCGCAGAACCUGCAGAUCGGCUACGAUUUCAUGCAGACCGGUCUGGAUAUGCCGAUGUCUUACACUACAGGCAUGGCCAGUAAUGUGAUGCAACCGCAGCAGUACCAGCAGCAGAAUUACUUCAUGACGCCCCCCAGCCAGCAUUCGGAUCACCUGUUGCCGGAUAACUUCCCGACCCCCUCUCCGGAGAGUCCCGGGGACUGGUCGUCGAGUUCCCCCAGGUCCUGCAACUCGGACUGGUCGGAAAAUAUAGCCAGUCCGAACACUUACACCUCCACCGUAGGUAAUCCGGGCCACCAAACGAAUAAACCCUCUGAUGCUAUUUAUAUUUGACGCCAUGACAAAACUUUUAAAAAGAUAUAAGGAUCUCUUAUUUUUAGAACUCCAGUUUUCCCGAGUUGGGAGAAUUUUUUCCAUUAAAGGACGAAUCUUCAAUUCGAUUAUUUAUUGGUGAUAUCGGGAGGAAACCAAUGCUCGGUUUGUUGAAAAAUUGAUUCGAAUAAGUCAUGGGUGUUGAUUUAUUUGAACAUCACUUGCGUAUUAUACUCGGAUAAGUGAUUUUGGAAAAAAUGAACCCCAAUAGAAAUUUGUUCCGUUGCAAUGUGGAGCAUUCCGCCAACAGUGCCUCGUUUUGUUAUAUCUUUCUCUAUACAUUAUUAUGUAAUAUAAAAAAAUAUUUACUCAAAUCAGUUGAUGCGAAUAAUUAUUUAUGAACUAAUUCUAGGAAGAUCAGCUGAUUUUUAAAUCCUUGUAAAAAGUACUGAUUAGGUAACAGUGGUUUUAAAUAUAUUUAGUUGUAAUUAGUUUAUAAUACUUCGUUCGAAGUAAUAUUUAGUAAUUUUUUUACUAGUUAAGUAUAUAAGAGCUUUGUACUAUAUAAAUACUUUGAUAAAUAAAUUUACCGAUUAAGUUUUA